AUGAACAGUGACCCCAAUGCCUCCGUUACGCGCCUUAAUCUCUCAGAGAGUGUUGCUGCUCUACCAACAUCAGGAGGCUCGUCGAUGCCGUCCUGGGCGGAUACGUCACUUCUAGUAAACGCGUACUCGACUCAAACGGGAAUGGGCAACGACGGGAAACCCCCCGUUGUCCACUCGUUGAAGACAGACAUUGCUCCACACUAUUCUGGUCGAUUGCAUUGUGUGCAGAGGGAACCGGUCGCUGGCGCAUCAAAUGCUUCUAACUUGACACGAACGGAACGUAAUUACCAUGCUGAAAUUAGUGUUCUGUGGCGGCUACUGCAUUCGGAACGGGCUGCACUUCAAGCCACUGAGCGACGCGUGUUUGAGGAGCAGGAGAGGGGUAUGCGAGGCAUUAUAAGCACUGAGGCCAAUUAUGGUGCCAAACUUCUUCACGCGUUUCUACUCGAAUCAUUAGACUUACAAACAACCACUGAUGAUUGGACACCCCCUGUGAGGGAAAAAAAAGAUAGGUGCCCCCGAAUUCACAUGGAAAGGGCAAAGGCGCGGUCUGCGGGUAAAAAAACACCGUUAGAUUCAAAUCAAAGCGCUCCACCGGACUCGUCUUCCCCUUCAGUUCCAUCGUACGAGCAACUGCGUGAAGAGAACCGUCUGCUGCGUGCCGAGGUGGAGCGGUACAAGGCAAUAGAUACGGAAGAUCGCCUAGAGCUGAACAAGAUGCACCGCAGCAUGAGGGCGACGAUUACCCAACUCGUUCAUGAGUGUUCAAAACUUCACGCGGAACUUUCCAGACACGAAAAAGCUCCAGGCGCGGCACCAGUAGCUGUGGUACAGUCACCUUGUUUAGGUGAGUCGGAUUCCGCUUUUGCUGAGGUUUCAUAUAGUUGGGCCAAUCAUGCAUCACAUCACACCAAAUAA